UCUCUUUUGUUUUGAUUUAUUCUUUGUUAUUGUUUGUUUGUGUGUUGAAUAAUAAUAAUAAAAAAAAAAAAUGUCGGAAUUAUCCUGGUCACAACAAUUCCUAACACGAAAUGGGCCACAAUUAUUGGCUAAUUGGGAAAAAUAUUACAUACGUUUAAUCGUAUUUAUUGAUUAUGUACCAUUAUUGGGUCCAUUAUACAAUGCUGGCCAUGCAUUGAAUCUAUUAUGGUUAAUAUGGCGUGGAUCAUUUUUUCCAAAUCGAAGACAAUUAUUAAGACAUCGAACAUUGAAUAAUGAAAAUAUUAAUGAUGAAUUUAAUGAUAAUGUUGGUGAUGAUGAUUAUGAUGAUGAUGAUGAAAAUGAUCUGCUGAAAAAUCGUGAAAAAUAUCGUCAAGUUCGUGAACGUGGUCUGACGGCCAUCGUAACGGCAUUGAUCGAUAUAUUCACCAUAUGUUUAGCAUUGGCUGUUAUAGCAUUCAUUUGUGAUUGUCUAUUACGUAUACAAACAUUUGCAUUCGUAAGACAAUUAUGCAUAUUGUUCAUUAUGAUCAAUAUAUUGGCAUUAACAAUUGGUGCAAAAAUUAUUGCCGGACAAGCAGUCAUCAAUGUUACUCGACAAUUAGAAGAUGUUAAUCAUGUCGGUAUUAGUAUGGUUAAAUCGGCACAUAUAACUGCAACAGCAAUCGAACGUAUUGUUGAAACAACGGAAACAACGACAAAUAUUUUCGUUCGUACAUGUCAAUAUAUUUGGUCAAGAAUAGUGUUCUAUACGAUAAAAACGAUAACAUUUCCACGACGAUCAUGGAAUUGGUUUAUCACACGGAUACGAUCAUUAUUUCGUCAAUGGAUAGCUAAUAUUAAAAUGUUUAUCAAACGUAAUCUAACAUGGAUGGCCAUGAUGAAUUUGUUCACAUUAGGAUUCAGUGGUUGGCUAAUGGGUGUAAUAAAAAGACGUCGUCUUCGUCAGCAUUCAGAGUGAAGAUAAUUUUGGUACUCCUGUCGUUUUUUUUCGUUACUAUUUCGAUAAUAAUAUUUAAAACAUCAAAAAACCAUUCAAAUGUGUGUAUCGUAUAUUCAUUCAUCGAAUUUGUUCAUUAUCAAGAUUAAUAUUUUCGUCUCGUUUCGUUUAUUUUGGAUGGACAAAUAAUAUUUAAUUUUCAUAUAUUCAAUACUUGAUUCAUUUGGGAUACAUUUUAAAAAAUAUUCAUCAUUCAUUCAAUCAUAUUGGCAAGACAAUUUUUUUUUUUUGAUCAAGAUUCGUUUCAUGAUUUAUUAAUUGGUUCGAAUCAUCAUCAUAAUAUAUAUCAUCAUUGGUCUAUGGCUUGGAAAUUUUAUUCUUAAAUUCCGAAAAUUUCGGUCUAUUGGGCUACGCGAUUCGGAUUUCGUUUUGGAUUUUUUUACUUGCAGGUGCUAGAAUGCUGGAAUGUUAUUGUUGAUACAAUUUUUUUUUCCUUUUUUUGCUAUUGUUGUCUAGCACUGUGUUUCAAGUAUCAAACAAUCAGAUUUUCAUAUUCUAAAUUUUAUAUUCAUGUGUUAUAAUAAACGUUUUAUGAUUAUCAGAUUAAUAAAAAAAAUUGUUUAUUUUGUUGGGUUUUAAA